UGGGUCGGCACUUUGUUACGCAUCCCCUCUGAUCCCUCUCUUAAGGCUCCUCUGGCAGCUGGUCAGAUUAGAGACGCGGAGAGCGACCCCACAGACACCAGCUAACAGAUAGUCAGCAGAGAUAGCAGAUAGCUGCCACUCUUCUUCCACCUUCUCCCAUUGGUAGAGCAGUUUCCCAACAGCUCACAGGGACACUCUGAGGGACCGUGAAGAGGACUGUUGCUCGCCCUUGCUCGCUCGUUGAGGGUGAAUCUGGAUCGGGUAGUAGCUAGAGGCAGCCAUGAGCGAGUUUGGAUACCGCCGGGAGCUCAGCAAGUAUGAGGACAUGGAUGAGGACGAGCUGCUGGCCAUGCUCAGCCCCGAGGAGCUCCAAGAGCUCGAGAAGGAGCUGGCUGACAUCGAGCCCGACGUCAACGUCCCCAUCGGGCUCAGGCAGAGGGACCAGACGGAGAAGACACCCACCGGCACCUUCAGCCGUGAGGCACUCAUGAAGUACUGGGAGAGAGAGACCCAGAAACUGCUGGAGGAGGAGAUAAGAGGAUCUAGCCCUACACAGGAAGAGGAAGGUGCUAAACGUGAGGAUGAGGAGUGUGGGACAGAGAGCAGCAGUGACUCCUCUGAAGAUGAAAAAGAUAAACACGAGGCAGACGAAAAAGACAAAGAUAAUAAGGGGGAAAAAGAUGAAGAAGAAGAGGAAGAGGAGGAGGAGGAGGAAGAGGAGGAGGAGGAAGAAGAAAGCGAGUCUGAUGAGCCAGUGACUGAGGAUGAGGAUGAUGAUGAUGAACAGGAGGAGGAACCAGAAACUACAAAGGAGGUCAUUAAACCAGACCAUCUGGAACUACCAAAGCAAAGCUUCAACCAAAACCAAGACUUGCCCUUAAGAAGAAGCCCACGUCCACCAGUAGAAGACCCAGCACUCAGAGCAGCUACCCCCAAUCAGACUUCAGAAAACCCAACAGUGGUGGACGAAGUCCUGGAGAAGAUUCUGGCUGAUGACCCCGACACUACCGAGGUCAACCUCAACAACAUUGACAACAUCUCUCACGAGAGUCUUGUGCGUUUCGCCGAAGCCUUGCGUUCGAACACCCACGUCACCGACUUCAGCCUGGCCAACACUCAUGCUGAUGAUCAAGUAGCCUUUGCCAUAGCCAAGAUGCUGAGGGAGAAUGACAGCAUCACCCGCCUCAACAUCGAGUCUAACUACAUCACCGGCAAAGGUGUGCUGGCCAUGGUGCAGGCGCUGACUAAAAACCAAACUAUCACUGAACUUCGUUUCCACAACCAGCGCCACAUCUGCGGUGGUCAGGUGGAGAUGGAGAUGGUGAAGUUGCUAAGGGAGAACACCGUCUUGCUGAAGCUGGGCUACCAGUUUGACCUGCCAGGCCCCAGGAUGAGCAUGACUGGCAUCCUCACCCGCAACCAGGACUACCAGAGGCAGAGGCGACUACAGGAACAGAGGCAGCAAGGUGCAGCUCCUGCAGGGGCAACUGCUGUUAACCCUCGUACUAGUGCCCUACUGAAGAACAACCCCGGAUCGCCCCAAAGCUCUCCAUGGUCUUCCCCUAAGCUACCACGCAGGGAGGAGGUCAGGAAGAACACUCCACCUGCACCUGCACCACCACCUCCGCCUCCUCCCCCCCCACCACCUCCACCACCUCUCCCUCCCUCCUCCAAGCCAGCUGAAGAGAAGAAAACCCCAACCAGGAUGAUCGCAGAAGUAAUCAAAAGGCAUGAGGAGUGCAGCAGGAACCAGCAUAAGGUCCCCUUAAAAUCUAAAACCAAGAGUAAGAAGGGCAAGAAAGGAGCACAUAAAGAGAAGGAACCCAACAUUCUCAAGGAACUGAAAAAUGCCCUGAGACCUACAGCAGAUAGAAGAACUGAAGAGUUGUCCAGACCAUCCACUCCACAAAGGUCAAGCCAUGAUAGUCUAAUGGCGUCCAUUCGUGGAAGCAGUGUAAAAUCCCUAAAGAGGGUGGAGGUACCACAACGCCUUCGAUAAUCCACUUCAGAGUUCCUGUGAGGGAAGCAGGAUGAACUGGAGACAGAAAAAUCCAUUUAUGUGGAGUUUACUUCUAAAGCGGGGAAGAAUAUUUGCACUGUAUAUGUAAUACUUGGGACUGAAUUAUAUUUAUAUUGUGUAUGAUAAUCUUUUAUUGCUUUUGAGGAUUUGAAGAUUUUUGAAGAUUAAAAAAAAAAGAUUUCACUUGUGUACAAAUGUAAAUACUGUGUGAGAAAUGUGAAAAAAUAAAACGUGCUGCGUGGGCACUGUAUUACUCAACCAAA